AUGGGUAAAAAAGAUAAAAACAAGAAGAAAAUAAGUGGCAGUGUAAAAACUGCACUUAAAACUGAGAAAAAAUUGAAUGUUAAACAAAAAAAAGAAUUAGCUAAAAUUGGAGAGGAUGAUAUAGAACAAGUUAUUGCUCAAAUUGAAAAAGAAGAAUCUAGAAGACAACAUGUUAUUGAAAAAACAGUAUCACCACCAUCUAGACGUAUGAAUUUUACUCUAACAGCACAUCCUUUUAAAGAUGAACUUAUUAUGUUUGGUGGACAAUUUUAUGAUGGACGGACGACAUUUGUUUAUGGAGACAUGUUUAUGUAUAAUUUAAAUAAAAAUGAAUGGAUGAUUAUAAAAGCACCUGGUGCUCCACCUCCACGUUGUGGUCAUCAAGCAUUAAUCACAACAGCAAAUAAAGGAGAACUAUGGAUAUUUGGUGGUGAAUUUACAAGUCCAUCAGAAUCACAAUUUUAUCACUAUAAAGAUUUAUGGGUUUAUCGAUUUGCAGAAAAAAAAUGGGAAAAGAUUUUGGCACCUGGUGGGCCAUCAGCCAGAAGUGGUCACAGAAUGGCACAUAUAAAAAAACAAUUAAUAAUUUUUGGUGGAUUUCAUGAUAAUUUAAGAGAUUAUAAAUAUUAUAAUGAUGUACACAUAUUUAAUCUUGAAACAUAUGUAUGGCAUAAAAUUGAAGUAUCUGGUACUCCACCACUUCCAAGAUCUGGGUGUAUAUUGUUGUCAACACCUGAAAAUAAACUUCUUCUCUAUGGUGGCUAUAAUAAAGAAAGAGUAAAAAAAGGUGUUGAUAAAGGAUGUAUACAUAGUGACAUGUUUCUAAUGGCUCCUGAGAAAAAUGAUCACACUAGCUUGAAAUGGAAAUGGAUAUUUAUAAAACAGUCUGGAAUUAAAGUAUCACCACGAUGCAGUAUAUCAGCUACUUUGGUUCAACCUAACUUGGCUUAUUUAUUUGGUGGAGUUUUUGAUGAAGAAGUUAAUGAAGAGGAAUUCAAUGGAAUAUUUUAUAAUGACUUAAUAGCUUUAGAUUUAGAAAAAUUCCAAUGGCACAUAGUGACAUUAAACGGAACAAAAGAUAUAAUCACACGGCGUCGAAGGAGAAAACCGAAAAAUGAAGAGGGACAGAAAAAUGAUAUAAAAGACGAAGAUAGCAGUGAUACGGAAAUAGAAGAAUCUCCUUCUAACACUAUUGAAUCUAAAGUUACUGAUGAUGAUGGAAUAUUCACAGUUACAAUAGGUUCAACAUCAACAUCUGCUAUUGAUAAAAAAGAAAACGUAUAUAAAAAUGUGUUUGUUCCAUGUCCAAGAAUAAGCUCUGGACUUGUUGUAAAGCAUAAUACUUUAUAUUUAUACGGCGGUAUGUUUGAGGAUGGAGAUCGACAAUAUGUACUCAGCGAUUUUUAUAGUUUAGAUUGUCGUAAAUUAGAUGAAUGGAGAAUAAUAUUAAAAGAUGAUACGUCUUCACACAUUUGGUUCGAUUCUAGUGAUUCUAAUUCAGACAGUGAACAUACAGAUGACAGCCAUGAAAAUGAUUCUGUAGAUGAACAGAUGGAUAUUGAUGAAAACUAACGAUUCUAAUGUAUUGUAAAAUAAAAUUAUUUA